AUGUCCAUGGACCCCGCAGCAGAACUGCCUUUCUUUUAUGGCAGCAUCAGUCGCACAGAAGCUGAGCAUCAUUUAAAACUGGCCGGUAUGGCCGACGGCCUCUUUUUGUUACGACAGUGUCUGCGAAACCUGGGUGGAUACGUCCUCUCUGUUGUGUGGAACCUGGAAUUCUAUCAUUACUCUAUAGAGAAACAGCUUAAUGACACUUAUUGUAUCACAGGAGGCAUAGCACACUGUGGGCCUGCUGAGCUCUGUGAGUUUUACAGUAAGGACCCUGAUGGGCUGGUGUGUCCUCUAAAGAAACCUUGCCUACGUUCCUCAGACACGCCGAUUCGACUAAGUCUGUUUGACAGUAUGAAAAACAAUAUGCUAAGGGAGUAUGUGAAGCAGACCUGGAACCUUGAGGGUGAAGCCAUGGAGCAGGCCAUCAUCAGUCAAGCGCCUCAACUGGAAAAGCUGAUUGCGACUAUGGCCCACGAGAAGAUGUUAUGGUAUCACGGCAAAAUACCCCGACAAGAAAGUGAGAGACUGCUUUAUUGUGGUGCACAAACAGACGGAAAGUUUCUGAUUCGUGACAGGGAAGAAUCUGGUACUUUUGCACUCUCUGUAAUGUAUGGAAAAAACGUUUAUCACUAUCAAAUCAUCCAAGACAAGUCUGGAAAAUAUUCCAUACCGCAAGGACUGAAGUUUGACUCUAUUUGGCAGCUGGUAGAGUUCCUCAAGCUUAAACCUGAUGGCAUUCUAACAGUUCUGGGUGACGCAUGCGUCUGCACAGCUCCUGGAAAGCUGCCCAGCCUCCCUACAACAAGGCGCACAGGCCCUAAUAGCUACACACCAGCACCUCAAGCUGCGACUGCUAAGGCAGUCAGACCUGUGUCUGAAGAACAUGUUCUUCCAAUGGACUGCAUCGGUUUUAACCCUUAUCACAACCCCAAUGAAAUUAAGAAGCUUAAUCUCGACAGGAAUAAGCUUUUCAUUGAUGAAGUAGAGCUUGGGUCUGGCAACUUUGGCUGUGUCAAAAGGGGCGUCCUUGAGACCAAAACGGGCCAGUUAGAUGUAGCCAUCAAAGUGCUGAAGAGUGACAAUGAGAAGCUAAUGAAGGAGGAGAUGAUGAGGGAGGCAGAGAUCAUGUACCAACUGAGUAAUCCCUUCAUUGUUCGGAUGCUGGGGCUAUGCAAUGCUGAGAGUCUGAUGCUGGUCAUGGAGAUGGCUGCCUGCGGGCCUCUCCACAAGUUUCUCUCCUCCAACAAAGAUACGGUGUCGGUGGAGGAAAUUGUUAACUUGAUGCACCAAGUGUCGAUGGGAAUGAAAUAUUUGGAAGAGAAAAGCUUUGUGCACAGAGACUUGGCAGCUCGUAAUGUCCUUCUGGUCAAGCGACAGUUUGCUAAAAUAAGUGACUUUGGCCUGUCCAAGGCCCUGGGAGCAGACAGUGAGUACUACAAGGCUAGAUCUACAGGACUAUGGCCGUUGAAGUGGUAUGCUCCAGAAUGUAUUAAUUACCGCAAAUUCUCCAGCAAAAGUGACGUCUGGAGUUUUGGCAUCACCAUGUGGGAAGCCUUUUCAUAUGGCGGGAAACCUUACAAGAAAAUGAAACAAGCGGAAGUGAACAGUUUCAUUGAAAGUGAGAAACGCUUGGCAUGUCCAGCAAAGUGUCCGGAGAGAAUGUAUGCACUAAUGCAAGAAUGCUGGAUAUACAAACACGAAGACCGUCCUGACUUCAAAAAGGUGGAAGAGGCUAUGAGAUCUUACCAUUAUUCCAUAUCAAAUAAGGUUAAGCCUUUGGGUGCUGUUGCUGCUGCAGAGCCUGACAUGUAUCCAUAA